UCCCUGAAGCCAAAUGCCCACGGCCAGAGCAGCAGGCAGGAGACAGAGACAGGAGCCUGUGAUGACAAAGACACAUCACACAUUGGACAACCAGCCCCUCGCCAGAGAUGACCGGUUUCCUAUCAGACCUGGUACAGUACCAGGGGCUCUUUCAAAUGAUCUCUGUCCUGGGGAUCGGCGGAACAUUCCAAAUUGGCUUUCAAAUCUCUUCAAUCACCUACAUGUCUCAGCAUGUUAAGGCUUUCAUUAAUGAAACCUGGCUGGAGCGAUACGGCUACCCCCUCCAUCAGGAUAACCUCCUGUUGCUAUGGUCUAUCACCGUGUCCAUCUUUGGUAUAGGAGGCCUCUUGGGUUCUUCAGGAAGCAGAUACCUGACUGCCAAGUAUGGCAAAAAGAAAUGUCUCCUCUGCAACAACCUGCUCAUGAUAGUGGCAGCGUCUAUCAUGGGCUGCAGUAACACAGCUCGGUCCUUUGAGAUGAUUCUAAUUGGACGCUUCAUGUGUGGAAUAAGUGCCGGUCUUUGUGUUCCCCUACACCACCAAUAUCUUGGAGAAAUUUCCCCUCGGAAGAUGCGUGGAUUUGCAAACUCUACUGCCUCUUUCUUUUGGUCACUGGGAAAAGCCAUCGGGCAAAUUUCAGGACAAAGGGAGCUGUUGGGCAGCCAGGCCCUGUGGCCCAUGCUGAUGGCCUCCUGUGGACUUCCAGCACUGGUCCAGCUGGUGACUCUGCCCUUCUUCCCUGAGUCCCCACCUUAUCUCCUCAUGCACAAAGGAGACCAGGAAGGCUGCAAAAAAGCCAUAAGGCAGCUUUGGGGUGAAGGCCAUCACCAAGCAGAGAUUGAUGACAUCAUGAGAGAGAAGGCAACAAUGAAAAACACCAAGAUCUUGAGUGUCCUGGAGCUAAUGAAAGAACCAGCUUUCCGUUGGCAGCUGUACACGAUAGUUACUCUGACCGCCACAAUGCAGCUAUGUGGCAUCAAUGCAAUUUAUUUUUACACUUUUGAAGUCCUCCAGGCUGCCGGCUUUGAUGAAAGAAUGAUCUCCUAUUUGACCCUCUCUGUUGGGCUCUCUGAACUCGUAGCUACUGUCCUCUGUAGCUCCAUCAUUGAGCGACUGGGCAGGAAAGUGCUCCUGAGAGGAGGCUACUCGAUCAUGUGUUCACUGCUAGCUGGGAUCACCGUGACUCUCUCCCUACAGGACUGGUAUUUCUGGAUGCCAUACUGCAGCCUUUGUCUGAUUAUCUUGUUUGUAGUUGUGUUUGGAGCUGGACCAGCUGGUGCCACACUUUCCAUUAGAUCUGAAAUUUUCCAGCUCUCGUGCAGACCACCCGCCUUUGUGAUCGGCGCGGUUGUCAACUGGCUGGGCGUCUUUGUGAUCGGAACAAGCUUCCCGUUCAUUGUGGAAAGACUCAAGCACUUCUGCUUCCUCAUUUUUAUGGUGGUACUUUUCACUUCAGGGAUCGUUAUCCACCUGUUCCUUCCAGAAACAAAAGGGAAAUCAAUUGUGGAAAUCACAGAAGAAUUUAAUAAGCUAAACUUUAAAAAGAAGCAUAUUCCAACAAUUUCAAAUCACGUCACAGAGGAUUACGCCUUCUGCACCAGGCUUUGAUGGGCCAUUAGGAGGAGUCAGGCUUUCUUAAAAAGGAAAAAAAAAAAAAAGACAUUUGUUGUUUUCUGACUAGUGAAUUGGUCCAAAUGGACCGUUAGAUUUCAUACCCGUCACUUACAAGGUUCCCAGUUUGCCAAACCAGCACCUUUGAGAAGCACUCCACUCUGGGCAGCUUAAAAAACGAAUGGUGGCUGACACUAACAGGACAGACUCCUGUGAAUCACGAGCAUUUUGGCUUAACUCACUGAUGUGUAAAUCUCAGCUGAGCAACUAAUACACACUGAAACUACAUGAAGAAUUCAUAAACACUCUGCUGACCACAGAGAAAGGCAAGACUUGUGAUCCCCUCUUUCUAUGAUUUCUGAGUGUGUUUUUACAACCCUGAAAUGGGAACAGUGAGGUUCUUGGCUUGCUGUCUCUGGCCAGGGUUCAAGCCAUAAUAGAUUAAAGAAAAAAUUUAGUGGCAUAGGAGAGAAAUUCUUUGUUUCUCUAGACCUGACUGCAUAAUCAAACCUUGCCAGGUUCCCAUGCAAAUACCAUGUCCCUGUGUUGUAUCAAGUUUGACAGACUUCAGCCCUUUUGGAUUGAAGUUUUCCCUGUCAGCAGCCAUCCUUGCUUCGAUGCAAAUUUAAUUUUUUGCUGAAUUUUUGCAUGUUUCCCUCUGUUCAUGAGAGGCUCUCACAGUCCUAGUAGCAAAACAAUACUAUUAGGAAGAACAUGAACAAAGCGAAGGCUCAAGGUAGAGCAUACUAUACAAAUUAAACCCCAAACUCUAGACUUGCACAGUAAAAGUGUUUUUCUCUCUUAUGUUGCUUUGGCUGGCAUAUUCAACUCAGAUAAAGUUAUUCAAAAUAUGAGUUCAAUUGUUCAUCUUAACUGCUGCUUAUUUUUAAUUGGAAAUGCUAAACAUAAAUUAAAAUGUCAGAUUGUCUUGUAAUAAAGCUUCUGGCAUCCACAAAUGUUUGUUUCCCAACAUCAUUUUCUCCCUUAAUAAAAAAAGUGACUGGUGUGCCUA